UCAUCAGCAGUGGGAUGAGCUUAUUCUAUUCAGGGCUGAGCAGUCAAACAGAAGUUGGAAUCAUUUGUACAAUAGGAGCCUGGCUGUUCACUGAGUCUCUCUGACUUUUACCGGUUUGGAGGUGCAUUUCCCAGAAAGAGGCUCUCUCCUUUUUCUGAUUCCCUUUUUGAGACCAUCCAAUGGGACUCCAAUAAGAGCUGAAGCCCCUUCUCAGAAUUUGCUCAGGACAAAUUCCAGGUGAUCUGAACACCUUUGAACUGAAGAAAUUCCAGGCUUCUUCUACAAGCGGUAGCUAGACCUUGUGGUCUCUUUGUACAGGGGACACAGUCUACGACAAAAGUCCUGACAAUACUGCUGAAGGAAAUAAAUCUCCCUGAGCCUCUUGCACACUCUGAAAACCGUGGUAACAGCUUUAUCCCAGAAAGCCCGACAUGAUCUCCCUUACAGCAGAAAAUGUUACAGCCUUUCCCAAUGUUGUGACCACUUGGAAGUUGGGACUCAGCCAGUCAGUGUUAAACAACACUUCAGAAAACAGCAACUCCACCUGCCCUACUACAGAAGUAUGGAAUUGGGUUUUCACUUUUCAGCCCAUUUUCCUCUGGAUCAUUUUUAUGUUGGGAGUGAUGGAAAAUGGCUUUGUCCUCAGUGUUUUUUGUUUCCACAAAAGUCGCUGCACAGUGGCUGAAAUUUACUUGGCAAACCUGGCAGCUGCUGACCUGGUGCUGUCAUGUAGCUUACCUUUUUGGGCCAUUAAUAUCGCAAAUAAGUUUAACUGGCCUUUUGGCACUUUCUUAUGUAAAGUUGUCAAUGCAGCCAGCUAUGCAAACUUUUACUCUAGUAUUUAUUUUUUGACGAUGGUAAGUAUUGAUCGCUACCUGGCCCUAGUGAAAACUAUGUCCUUUGGACGCAUGCGGCGGAGUUCCUGUGCCAAGUGGAAUAGUUUUUUGGUCUGGCUAUGUGCCUUGUUCAUGUGUUCACCCACACUGGUGUUCAGAAGUGUAAGGUAUUUGGAACAGCCCAACAUCACAGCCUGCUAUCUUCCAUAUCCGUCCCCGUACUGGUCAGUUGCAACAAACUGUUUGCUGAACAUUGUGGGCUUUUUGAUCCCACUCGUAGUGAUUACUUUUUGUACUGUUCAAAUCAUCAAAGCCUUACGAAAAAAUGAACUGCAAAAACUCAAGGAAAUCCAGACAGAGAAGAGAGCCACCAUCUUGGUCCUUCUUGUUCUUUUAUUGUUUAUCAUUUGCUGGCUUCCUUUCCAGAUCAGCACAAUACUUGACACACUAGUUCAAUUAAAGGUAAUUACUGGUUGCCUUGUUGAAGAGGUCAGUGAUUUUCUGUCCCAGAUAGCUACAUAUUUUUCUUUUAGCAACAGUUGCCUUAACCCAUUACUGUAUGUCAUUGUAGGCAAGCAUUUCAGGAAGAAGUCCAGAGAAUUGUACAAAGGCUUAUGCAACUGGAAAUGCAACAGAUCAGAGUCCACACAGAUGGAAAGUUCCUUGGAUACUUUAAGAACUUCGAUUUCAGUAGAAAGCUCAAGAAAAAAGUCUGCUGUGUCCGUAGCAUGAUAGCACAGUUUGCUUAUUUCAGUAUCACUAGAAAAUCUCGUAACACAGUGUUUAAGUUGCUAUUCAUAGCCACCUUUUAUGGCACCCCAUUGUGAACAUUGUGGCAACUGUGCUGAUUCCUGAAAGUUUGGAGAUAUGAUCUCAAUUCUAAAUUCCAGGUAGGCAUCUGCUUCUACCCUUGAUGGACAACAUUUUUCACAAAUAAAUCACAUUUCCUGGCAAAUUUAUAUUUCCAUGGAUGAACUAUAUUUGACACACUAUCAUUUGAAAUUUCUAUAUUUACUAAUGAAGAUAAGUGACUUCAGUUUACAGUCGUCUGCAUGCAGCCAUAUUAUAAUAGCUGUUAUCAGUAUUAAACAGUUAACCAUGCUCUCUGUACAUUUGAAAGAAAGCAUUUUGAACAGACAGACCAUUUCCAGAUGAGUUGAUGAAGAAUGCAAGAUCCUGUAGAACCAUCAUUUAAAUCAAUUUUUUAAGAGCCUAAUUCCCAGGAUUUCUACCAGUUUUGAUCAAUAAUCAAAAAUUGUGCUUUUUAUAAUUUAGCGUGUUUUUCCUUUCUGUAAUUUCUCUGACACUACUGCAGUGGAAUGUCAUGUAAAUCCAUAUCUAUAGAUUAUGGCUUAUUAAAGAGUAUACACCACAAGAAAAAUAAAGAUAAAGAUAAUUCAGACUUCCCAAAGAGCAGGACAUUUCUACACCUUUGCAACAUGCUGCAUUCACUGGAGUUAUACAUGAGUAACUGAGAGCACCAUGUGUUUGAAUGGAGGUAAUUUAGAAUGUAAACUCAUCAAAUGUAAAGACUUGGCUCAUACAUUUGCCUGUGAAGUGGGUAGCCAUGUUAGUCUGAAGUCAGGCAUAAAGUUAAUCUCUAAAAGCUCCUAUACACAUGCAGGGAACCUGUUCUGAUGUGCUGGAAAUGCAGUGUGUCAGAGCAGACUCGAUUAAUCAACUCUGCUGGAGCACGGAAAUUGAUGCUUUUUGGCAGCCCCAUGGCUUAGGGCAUUUUUACACAUGCUCUGAGAUGUGGUGCUGGGCACUUUAAUUAGCGAGCCGUGUUAAUUAAAAGUGCCUAUGUAUCACAUGUAUCAGAGUCCUCGUGCACCCCCACACUGAAAAAAUGGUGGGGAGUGCUUUGAACUAAAGCUCAUUGAACAUGUUUUAUUUCAAAGCACCCUGCUGCCAUUUUUUUCAGUGCAGGAAUAAAUGGGGAUGCUGAUACAUGCAACACAUGGGCGCUAUUUAAUUAGCACGGCUGCUAAUUAAAGCACUCAGUGCUGCAUCCCAGAGCACGUGUAGAAAUGCCCUAAGGUGCCACCCUGCCCUACCUUCUUCUCAUCUGUGAAGUGUAAUUAAUGUGUGUGGUGCUAUAUAAUUAUGAUAAAUAAAAAUAUGCAUUUGAUAUACAUGAUGUGGUUUCACAAAAAGAGAAGACACAGCAAAAGUAAUUAAGUAAAAUGAGUUAAAUGAAGCCUUAGACAUCUAACUGAAGGUAGCACAUGCUUUGUAUAUACAUGAAUGGGCUUUUUAUCUUGCAUUUUAACUAUGUUUUCACUGUCCUGGUUACUGCUAUGAGUUAGCUUACCUUGAGCAAGAACAGGCAAACUACAAAAGGAUGCUAGAGAUGGACUGAGGAAUUAGAUUAGCAUCACAGAAGAACUGUAUUAACAGCUGCUGGGAUGUGCUGACUUCAGCUGAAGACUAUGCCCCUUGGUGGUCCAGACAUCUCAGAAAAGGAAUACCAUCAUACUCACUUUAAGAGUUAUUGUGUGUGGAUAGGAUUCCAGCAAUACUUUAAUUAUCAUUCCAGUUACUCUGAAGUAAAGAUGGGCUCCUCAUGAGGCUCAGACAGUUAGGUUUCUACCUCUUGGAACCUAGUUCAAAACCGGACUUGGAGUCUAAUCCAAAGUCAAAUGGAGUCAGCAAAAGUCUUUCCAUUGACUCCUCCUAUUUGCUAAGAAUCACAGCUAUUAGAUCACAAGUUAAAACAGAGUGUGUUGAAAUAGUCUGUUACAAAACAGCAAAGUACCACUGGCAGCUUUUGCUCAUGAGAGAUAAGACUAGAACAGCAGUCCUUAUGGGAAAGUCCUAUUAAACUUUAAAUGGAUGAAACUAAUAUAGUUCUACAGAGAUGGAAAAAGAAAGCUCUAAAAGUCAUACUAAAAAACAUACUGGAUUUAAUAAUGUAUUUCCACAGGCUUUUUCUGAUCAUCCUGCAAAAUUUUAGAGCACUUAGACCCCUUUGUAUGGUCCAAAACACCUACAGAAAUACCAUUUUCUGUUACAUUGUCUCGGACAUUUUGUUAUUUGAAGACAGUAUAAUUAAAGCCAUUACAAUUAUGUAAAGCGGCCUUUGUUCAUGAACUAAAUUUAAAGAAGCAUUGUUAAACUAUGCAGGCAAAAUAACAGAACAUAUUUGUUACUGAGAAGAAAAGACCAAAUAAUUUGGAAACAUUCAGGCAGGUAUCAUUAAUUUAAAGUGUAUAAAUGUAUAUAAGCUAUAGUUACAAUAUUUUGUCAUAAACUGUGCAUUUGUAAUACAAAAUAAAAGAUUGCAUUUUGAAUGCA